GUGGUUCCUGAUUUAGUUGGUUGUUACAACACGGCUUGCAUGCUGUUUGGCUUCAGAACAAAAAUGUCUGGAUUUUGUUGGAGAGUAACUGUGCUCUCACUGUUGACUUUUGGGCUGCAUGCAAAGGCACUAACCUACAGAAAUGGAGACUACAGCGGCAUUACACCUUACUUUAAUUUUCCAAGAAGCCACAAACCGGCUUUUGCCUCUUCUGGUGAUGAGAGCUCUGGACGUAGUUACACUUCAUCUGAGACCCUGAAGCCAGCUGCUGCACCUAGUGUGGGACGUUCUAGUGGGCAAGUAGAUGGUUACAGUCCAGAAGGAAGUGUUUCCAGUUACAGGCCUGGACCACCGAUAAUUCAGAAACCCAGACAUAACCCACAGCAGCCACCUCAAACAAAUCCUAAUGCAAAUGGGGUUCUCCAGACCAAAGCUGGCAUGUGGAAUUUUCCAUUUUUCCAGAAUGGAAACAGUUUUGAGUCGGGUAUCGUUUCAAGUUCUGGAAUUGAGAUGCUUUCUCAUCCCCAACUUAAGCUCGACUCCCCUUGGCUAGCCAAGCCCCAGCCGCCCGCCUACCCGGCCAAGCCGCAGCAGCCCCAGCAGCCCCAGCCGCCCGCCUACUUGGCCAAGCCCCAGCAGCCCAGUUAUUCAUCCACGCUCCAGCUGCCCGCCUACCCGGCCAAGCCGCAGCAGCCCCAGCAGCCCCAGCCGCCCGCCUACCCGGCCAAGCCCCAGCAGCCCACUCAUUCAUCCACGCUCCAGUUGCCGGCCUACGUGGCCAAGCAGCAGCAGCAGCAGCCGCCUGCCUACUCGGGCAAACCCCAGCCACCCACCUACCCGGCCAAGCCGCAGCGGCCCCAGCCGCCCACCUACCCGGCCAAGCUGCAGCGGCCCCAGCCGCCCACCUACCCGACCAAGCCCCAGCAGCCCCAGCCGCCCGCCUACCCGGCCAAGCCCCAGCAGCCCACUCAUUCAUCCACGCUCCAGUUGCCGGCCUACGUAGCCCAGCAGCAGCCGCCUGCCUACUCGGGCAAACCCCAGCCGCCCACCUACCCGGCCAAGCCGCAGCGGCCCCAGCCGCCCACCUACCCGGCCAAGCCGCAGCGGCCCCAGCAGCCCCAGCCGCCCGCCUACCCGGCCAAGCCCCAGCAGCCCACUCAUUCAUCCACGCUCCAGUUGCCGGCCUACGUGGCCCAGCAGCAGCCGCCUGCCUACUCGGGCAAACCCCAGCCGCCCACCUACCCGGCCAAGCCGCAGCAGCCGCCCGCCUACGUGGCCAAGCCCCAGCAGCCCAGUUAUUCAUCCACGCUCCAGCAGCCCGCCUACCCGGCCAAGCCGCAGCCCGCCUACCCGGCCAAGCCGCAGCCCGCCUACCCGGCCAAGGCCCAGAAAUGGGUUCUCCAAAGCAAAGCUGGCAUGUGGGACUUUCCUUUCCUUGGAGGUGCUGCUUCUGGCUCUCAUGUGCAGCCCACUGACUCAAACCCACAAAUGAAUGUUGAUCCAAGAAGUUCAAGACCAAUUCCAAUUUCAUCCCCGUACCAUCCCAGGUGGCAGCAGCCACUGGUGCCUGUGCAUGACAGACGCUAUUGAACUUGGAUCGUAAUGGUUCCUUACCUCCCUUUUUCCUGGCAUCAACUGUACUUGUGAAAUACAAUAAAGUAUUUGGAACUGCACUCCUGCUUGUCAUUUGCAACAAGUUCAGCAUACUGCUUAGGAUUGGUGCUUCCAG